GUCUAAGAUAGAAUACCUGGAGUGUAAGUUUAGCGCAGAGUCGAGCAAAGAAGAAGUAGGCAGGGUCGUGAAGCUUGGAUCUCAGGCUAUCGCCAAGAGGGACAUUUUCAAAUAUCUGGGGCUGGGGCAGGGUGGUCGAAAUGGAGGCUUGCAUCAGGAGUCUUGUGUAACAAGAAAGUGUCAAAAACUCAAGGGGGAGUACUAUAGAGCUGUGGUUAGACCUUUCAUGUUGUAUGGGGCUGAGUGCUGGCCGGUGAAGAAAUCUCAUGUGCAGAGAAUGAAGGUUGCGGAGAUGAGAAUGCUCAGGUGGAUGUGUGAGCUCACCAGGUUAGAUAAGAUUAGGAAUGAAGUUAUUCGGGAAAAGGUGGGUGUGGCCUCGACGGAUGAGAAGUUGCGGGAGGCGAGGCUCAGGUAG